AUGUAUGUGAAAUGCUUUGAAACAGUAAUGUUUUACUAUGUGAUUUUAGUGUAUUUAGUGAAUGUCACUUUUUCACAUUUUUAAAUUUUUCCCGCCGUUCCGUCCCCGUACGCCCUGACAUCGCAGGGAAUGGAACCCAGAAGACAGGUGCCGGCAUCGGCCGGAGGACAUUGUCGGGGACGCUGCAGGAGGGACAUCGCAGGAGCAAAGGACAAGGUAAGUGAAGAAGAGAUCCCGGAGCAACACUGCUUGUGUAUUCCCGAGUGUAGCUCGGGGUAAAGUUUCAGUACCACAAGCGGUAACCCCGAGCUACACUCGGACUUACC